UGGCGGAGAGCGUCGAAGGCGUCAGAGACGCGAAAAGUUGUGACUACCGGAUUGAGCGCGCGGCGUUUCAACAGUCAGUUACCCUUGUUUGGUCGAGUGCUAAGCACGUUCGGCUAAGUUGGAAGUUGGCUAAGCACGCUCGGCUAAGUACGAAGCAGUCGUCGACUGGAAUGGCUCGCCACGGGGCCGCCGACAUGACGUCGCUCCCCGCCAAACCCAUCAAGCUGAAGAACAUCGCCACGCGAAUGGAAACUUAUGACGCGCUGCAUGGAAUCGCUACUCAGGACACAACAUGUUCACAGCAAGCAUGCCUCGCGAGUGUGAUGAACACACAGAUCCUGCGCAGUGGAACUCCACGGGCCAAAGACGAAAUCCUUCGACAUGCCAAAGACUUUCUCGAACAGUAUUUCGGAUCUGUGAGAAGAUCGAUCAGUACAAGCAUGGAGACUCGAUGGGCGCAAGUGCAAAGCGAGGUAGAGACGACUGGCACCUACCAGCUAACUGAGACAGAACUCGUCUAUGGGGCAAAACUGGCAUGGAGGAAUUCGGCAAGGUGUAUUGGACGCAUCCAGUGGUCAAAAUUACAGGUGAAUUAUACCAAAGUAGAAUUACAGAGGAGUAGAAAAUCAUCGUGCAAAUAG